AACUUUGGCGCUUGUUUUGCAUGUGAUUAUUGUCGCUAGAGUGAAUAGUAUUGAUCGUUCUUUUGAAGAAUAAUGCCGCCUCAACCUAGUGGAAAAGCCGUGAAGAAAGCAGGAAAAGCACAGAAAGCAGUUCGUGCUGGGGAGAAAAAGAAGAGAAAAAAGCGAAGGAAAGAGAGUUACAGUAUAUAUAUCUAUAAGGUACUGAAACAGGUUCACCCAGACACUGGUAUUUCCAGCAAAGCAAUGUCCAUUAUGAACAGCUUUGUGAACGACAUUUUCGAACGGAUAGCAGCCGAAGCUUCUCGUUUGGCUCAUUAUAACAAGCGCUCCACUAUCACCAGCCGGGAGAUUCAGACCGCUGUUCGACUGCUUUUACCGGGAGAACUUGCUAAACACGCCGUGUCUGAAGGCACUAAGGCUGUUACAAAGUACACCAGCUCCAAGUAGAAUGAUCCGGCUUUUUUAUUUUAACAUAGGCCCUUUUCAGGGCCACCACAUCCUGAUAAAGAGACGCCAGUUGUUGUUUCGCAGUCUUAAUAUAUAUAUAAUUAAGCUACGUUAAUUAAUACAGGUUUUUGUUCUUUUUUUGUUUAUGCAUUAACAUUUUCUUGUUUUGUUUCACAAAGUAAUUUAGUUUAUUUAUUGUAAGAUUGUAAAACAAGGUAAGAAAAAGGAAUUACACUAGACAGUAUUAAGAAAAAAUGCUGUAUUACCACUGAUAUUUUGUCAAAAUAGGCCUAAAAUCAAUUAUAUUGAAUUAUAGGAGGUUAAACCUUGUAUAUAAUGUAAAUAGUUUUAUUAAUCUUAAAACAACUUUCAAGACAUAAUUUUUGACGUUAUUAUUUCCGUAAUAAUUUGCCGAUUUUACUAGUCUGAUUAAACUUGGACUACAGUUUUAUUUUUAUAAAAUAUAUUUAGAAAGCUGGGCUCAUUAGUGAUAUAUUUUUCCACUGUGGUACUCAAGUGAAGUAUUAUAAAAGUACAAGUUUUUUCCCGUAUUAUUGUAUUUUAAUGCUCUAUCAUUAAUUAUUAUAAUUAUUAAUAAAUCUAUAGAGAGUAGUAUAAA